CUUCUUUUUUGAAUAACGGUUUGAACACACUGAACUGGAGUGUUAUUUGGGUCUGCGCAGUCAUGCAUCUAUCAACUGACUGCGCGUGUGAUUGUAACUUCCGGGCUGGUCAAAGUACUAAAAACGUCACAAUCGUGAUUUUAUAAGUAAAGACGAGAUGGUUUACGCGUGGUUAGCACUUUAGUAUCAGACAUUAACCAUGUGGAACAAGUCUGGACCUACUUAUGUGUUUUUCUGCGUUUUCUUAGCAUUUCCCGCGUUGUUUCUGUGCAAAGUAAGGUCUCAAAGUUCGGGGGUGUAUGAGUUGCUCCUGGACGGGACAUGGAAAUUACAGAACUCUAAUGGUUCCGUCUCACUCAAUGCACAAGUACCCGGAUGUGUCCAUACAGCAUUGCAGCAACAGCAGAUUAUUGAGGAUCCAUACUAUCGGUUUAAUGACCUGGUCUACAGAUGGAUCUCUCUAGAUAACUGGACGUACACCACUUCGUUCUCUGUGCCUGACCAUGUCAAAGUGAGUAGGAGAGCUGUUCUCACAUUUGAAGGUGUGGACACAAUCUCCACUAUAUCUCUAAAUGGAGACGUCAUCGGAAAGACAGACAACAUGUUCCGGAGAUAUGACUUUGAGGUUGCAGGACUACUUAAGGAUGUUAAUGUUCUGAAAGUAUGGCUCAUGUCAGCCGUGACCUACGCAGCAGAGCGAAGUCAAUCCCACGCUUCAUACAAAGUCCCCCCAGAAUGUCCUCCUGCUGUACAGAAAGGAGAGUGUCAUGUAAACUUUAUUCGAAAGGCACAGAGCUCAUUUAGUUGGGAUUGGGGGCCAUCUUUCCCCACUCUUGGCAUCUGGAAGAGUGUUCGUCUACAGUCUUUUCUUAACCUUAGGCAGUUGAGUUUUAUCGCCAAUCCUAAAUAUGACUCUGUCCUGUCAUGCUGGACUGUGGAAGUAGAGUUGUUCUUUGAUGUCACUACAGCCUCAGUGGGUGCUGUCCAUGUGUCUAUGCCACAGUUACAGUCAGAGGUGAAUGUUCCUCUUUUUCUCAGACCUGAACGAAGCAACACAUCCGUACUCCUUCAGAUCAACCAGAGUGUUACAGUUGAUCUGUGGUGGCCCUUUGGACAUGGACAACAACCUCUGAAGUAUCUUCUAAUAGAUAUCAACAUGGAGGGUGGAGAGACAUUUCAUGCAGAGAAACUGAUUGGUUUCCGUACUGUGGAGUUGGUACAGGAACCUAUUCCUGCUUCUCCUGGCCUCAGCUUCUACUUCCGUAUCAAUGGGCAACCCAUCUUCCUGAAGGGCUCGAACUGGAUUCCGGCUCAUGCCUUCCAGGACCAGAUUACUGCAGACAAUUUGACUCAACUGCUCUUGUCGGCACAGAUGGCAAACAUGAAUGUUUUGAGAGUGUGGGGAGGUGGAAUCUAUGAACAAGAUCUCUUUUAUAUUCUGUGCGAUCAGCUCGGCAUCAUGGUUUGGCAAGACUUCAUGUUUGCGUGCGCGCUAUAUCCUACAGACCAAGAUUUAAUUGAGUCGCUGCGAGAGGAGGUCAUUCAACAGGUACGACGGCUCAAGUCGCACCCCUCCGUGGUCAUCUGGAGUGGAAACAACGAGAAUGAGGCGGCUAUAGCAGCCGAUUGGUUUUCUAUUCCUCCUGCUGAGAAGCCUCGCUACGUAAAGGACUACAUUCAACUGUAUGUGGAAAAUAUCAGAGAGAUUGUACUGCAGGAGGACAGCACAAGACCUUUCCUGGUGUCUAGCCCAACCAAUGGUGUGAAUUCUGAGAAAGAAGGCUGGGUGGCAAAGAACCCCUAUGACACUCAUUAUGGAGACGUCCACUACUACAACUACCUCACUGACUGUUGGGACUGGAGGACAUUUCCCCACGCACGCUUCAUCUCUGAGUACGGCUUUCAGUCCUGGCCUUCACUGUCCACCCUCAGUAAGGUGUCAGUCGCUACAGACCGGGAUUUCAACAGCACGUUCUCGCAACAUCGACAACACCAUGAGUCUGGAAAUCUGCAGAUGCUUAUGCAAGCAUCACUACAUUACAUCCUUCCCAACAACACAGACCUCAGGCAAAGAUACCAAGACACUAUAUAUAUCACGCAGGUCAUGCAGGCCCAGUGUGUAAAAGCGCAGACGGAAUUCUACCGCCGCAGUCAGAGUGACAUUGUUAAGGGUGAAGGGCACACCAUGGGUACCCUCUACUGGCAGCUGAAUGAUAUUUGGCAGGCACCCUCCUGGUCCUCUAUAGAGUUUGGUGGAAAAUGGAAAAUGCUUCACUACUUGGCUGUGCAUUUCUUCAGUCCUCUCAUAUCAGUGGGGGUUGAGGAUAAAGGAGACUUGCUGAUCUAUGCUGUCUCUGAUAGGAACACAGAUUACACUCUGAAACUCACUGUGAAAUUAUACCAGUGGAACAGUUUUUCUCCUCAGUGUUCUCUGGAGUCUGAUCAGGCAAUGGUGAAAGGGGGUGGGGUCACAAAGGUGUUUCAGUCUCCAGUCUCCACGGUGCUAAAAAACUGUGGAAAUUGCACUCGGAAAUCAUGUGUAGUCACCUUUUUCCUCAGUGGCCCAGAAGGUGUAACGAGUCCCUCCAACUACCUGUUCCUCAGCUCACCAAAAGAGGCUGAAGGCCUUCAAAAUCCCAACAUCACGUUCACUGUGAAGGAUACUGGGAUUAAGAUCAUAGUGAAUCUCUACUGCUCAUCACCUGCACUGUUUGUGUGGCUGGAUGCGGAUGAUAUUCCAGGCUUCUUUGAUGCCAAUGGUUUCUUGCUGAUAUCUGAGAAAUACACUGUUUAUUUCAGAAAAUGGGGAAACACCACCAUUCAGGAGUUCACUACUAAGCUGCGCAUUACUUCCCUCCGAGACAUCUACUGAGUGUGUGUUGGUUGGUGUGAAUGAGUAGACAUGUAUGUAGUGUGUAUUUACCGUUGUUUAUAUUGCAUGCAUUGAUUCUGUACUCUGGGGUAUGAUGGUACAGCAGGUACUGUUACCACCACACAGCUGUGGGGUCCCCAGGUCGAUCGUGAGCUUAGGCUACCCUGUGUGAAGUUUCGCAUGCUCUCCUGUGUCUGUGUGAAUCUCCUGUGGGUUCUCAAGUUUCCUCCCACUUCCCAAAAAUAUGCCACUAUAAAAUGACCAUAGGUGUGAAUGAGUGUGUGAAUGUGUGUGUGCAUAGGUCCAUCACAAUAGACUGGCGUCUCAAUUGUGGUGUAUUUCUGUCUUCAGCAGUCUUUAGUAUUCCUGGGAAAGGCUCUGCGUCAACUGAUAAGGAAUGAAUGAUUCUGUGCACUUUUAGAUAAAACUGUUCUCUAACAUUCCAGAAAAGGGUUCAACUUGUAACGUUUUCUGAAAAAAAGGGUUUUUUUUUAACCCUUUCAUGCUUAAAUUAUAUAUAUGUGUGUGUGU